GUUAAUUUGUCACAAGAAAAUAAUAUUUGCAGAGACUGCCAAAAAGAAAGGAUAAUAUUCUUUCAUUCUUGCAAAUGUUCAAGAACAGUCACGUUCCCCUUAUGUCGGUUUCACCCCCCAGAACAAGCACAGGAGCAGUGGUUUUCUCAGUUGUUAGUCUUCCUGAACUCUUGAGUUUCUAGGUGGGUUAAGAGAUUGCGGAUUAAACAAGUUGAGUUUAUCCUGCUGGUACUUGCUAGAUACGGAGCUUACCUACACUUGAUUCAUCAGGAGUAACAAUGAACGGUGACAGGCAUUCCAUGCUUGAAGAUCAAAGGGAAUCACAGACUUCUUUCCUUGAGGUUGUUGAUAAAGAGAAGCAAUUGUUGGCCUCAAUCUAUUCAAAUGGUCUUUUGCAUAGUGACACUAUAGAGCUAUAUCACAAAGUCCGGGCUGGUUACGAGGAAAUCAUUUUGAACAAUCAUCAGUUGGUGGAGCUUCAGGAAGUGGAAUAUCUUUUGUGGAAGCUACAUUAUAAGCACAUUGACGAAUUUCGUAAACGAAUGCGCCAACUAUCUUCCAAUGCAGAGCAUGGAAACAUUGAUUCCCAGAAAAUCAUUGAUAAACAUCUGGAAGGAUUUAAGUCAUUUCUGUGCGAAGCAGCUGAAUUUUAUAGGAAUUUAAUUAUUAAGCUUAGGAAAAGUUGUGGGCUUCCUGCAAAAGUCUUAUUGGAUAACAACAAUGACAACUCAUUUUUUGUUAAGCCAACAAAGAAACAUCAAUGUGAAUAUGCAUGCCAUCGAUUUUUAGUUUGUCUAGGGGAUCUCGCUCGAUACACCGAGCUUAUCAAGAAGCCUGAUGCCUGUAAGUGGUCAACUGCUGCAACCUACUACCUAGAAGCAACCAGGACAUGGCCAGAUAGUGGGAACCCCCAUAAUCAGUUGGCAUUGUUGGCAACAUAUGUUGGUGAUUCUUUCCUUGCUUUGUACCAUUGUAUAAGAAGCUUGGCAGUUAAAGAGCCAUUUCCUGAUGCCUGGAAUAAUCUCAUGCUACUCUUUGAAAAGAACAGAUCAUCUCAUUUACAUUUACUUUCUAGGGACGCGCACAUUGAUUUCUUGAAUCCAUCAGAAAGAUGUUCCUUGCAGAAUACAUUUCAAGCAGAGAGUGUUCCAGAUAGCAGUAACUUGGAAGACACAGAUUACUUUUCUUCUGGAGAAUUAGACUUAUGGCUCAUGUUUGUUAGGAUGAUAAGCUUCAUUUUAGUAAAAUCAAGUUUGGAGGAUUUUCCUUGUGCCCUUGCUUCCUUCAUUAGCAGGUUGGAAGCACUUUUGGCAUUAGAUAAUGCAGAACUCAAAGUCGCUUUGGAAUCUUACCAACAGGUAGAUUCGUCGAGAAGAGGCCCAUAUCGUGCUGUUCAAUUUGUUUGCAUAUUAAUCUUUGUCGCUAAUAGCCUGGUUCAAAGCCUGGAAGCAAAGGAAUCUACAGAGAGAGAUGAAACCGAGUCAUCUGCACAGACACAAUUGGCACUGGCUGCUACCUUUAUUUGCAUGGGUCGGGUUACUGAGCGAUGUCUGAAAGGAGACGAAAUGGAAACUUGCCCACUAUUGCCAGCCGUGCUAGUGUUUGUAGAGUGGUUAGUUGGUAUCCUUCAUAGAGCUGAAGCACAUUCAGCUGAUAAAAGGGUUAAGAGUUCUAUAUCCUACUUUUUUGGUGCUUUGGUCGAUUUCCUGAACCAAUUUGGUCAAAAUGAGAGUGAAAUUCCACCAGCGAAUACUGCUCUCUGGGAAGAUCAUGAGUUGAGAGGUUUUCAUCCAGUGUCUCAUGCACAUGCGUUGCUGGAUUUCACAACUGACAGAGAAUGCAUGGCCAAUUUCGAGAUCAGAAAUCCAAAUCGUUUUUCUCGUAUCUUUGAUGCUGGAAUGACAAUUGUGCACAGGUCCAAUAGUACUAUAAAGUGGAUCUUAUAUGAUCAAGUGGGAAGGAGGUUUGGUACAGGAAAGUUUGUGAAAAACCUAGACGAAGGAGAAACAGCAGUAGCAUCAUCUAGUUCCAGUAUCAAUUCCGAAGUGCCUUCUGAGAAGACUAAUGGAUCCAUAGAAGGGGUGGACGACAAUAUCCCCGCCAACGGACCCAUUGACCAAGCAAAAAAGUCUAGUUCUUUUAGAUCCAUACAUGAUGAUUUUGAUGGAUUGGAAUCUUUGCCCGAGCAAAGUCAAGGUCGCCACAGUCAAGAUAGCCAACCUACGACCACAGAUGAGGAAGAAGUCAUUCUCUUCAAGCCCAUAACUAGACAUAACUCAGUGCCAAUAUAUUCUGAUGCUUCCGGUUAUCUAAAUUCUUUAGAUCGUGCAAAUGUACAGACAACACUUCCUGAUGAAUGGUUAUGCCGCUCUACAUCGUUGUCUAUUGGUGAAAGUUCGGCACAGACAGAUACAUUUAAACAGCACGAGCCUCCUUUGAAGGAAUCGGCUGUUCACCCUGCUGGACCUCCGUCCCUUAGUGCUUGGGUCCUUAGUAAAGAUAGUUCGCACAUUGAAAGAGAGAGAGGGCAGAAGGACCUCAGGAAACAAGAAUUGAGCCCUAUUAAGGAAAUAGCUUCUACAUUUACAAAUCUCUCUAUCAACGAAACUAAGGAUUCUGAGGUGGCGUCAGGACAUGUUUCACCAAUUACCCGCAAUUAUCCUCCUUAUAUCGCUCCUUUGCCUUCAGCACCAUUAAUACCUGAUGAUGCUGUUUGGUUCACGGGGAAUUCUUCGAAUUUUCCUGAGUACAGGAAUCCAGUAGGAAAUGAUGGUAUUCUUGGCGCAGCACCAAAUACUGGAUCCCCAAAUCGAUAUGCAGUUCGAUCAUUUGAUGAAUACCCACCACUCUUUGGGAUGAGUUCCUCUGAGUGGCUCUAUCACUACAGAAACAGUCACAAUAUGGAGCAUGCACAUAAUCACCCAUCUGUUCACUUCAAUGCACCUACCCUUGGAAGUUUUUACCCAAACGAUGUUUCGAGAUUUGAUUUCUAUGAUCAGUGGGGAAAUCAUCUGGCUCCAAAUCCGAUGAUUUAUAUGGGGAACACACAAUUGCAGGCGAGCUCGUCUCAUUUUUAUGGUUCAGAUGAACAAAGAAGGGACAUGCUGUUGCUUGGUAACCAAAGAUCGUUCCCUUAUGUACGUGGUGUUGGUACAGACAUAAGAUCCGAGCAACCCCCAUUAUUGCAAUAUCUUAAAGAGAGGGAAUGGCAACUACUUCCUGAUUGUCGGGCAAGGGAUCCUACUUUUAUGUAGAACUAAUUAAGUUAUAUGAACACUUGAAGUCGUGCAUUUUCAAAUCUGCAUGCCUCGAGAAUCUAAACUUUUUCAUCAUUUACUUCAUUCAUGUUUCGGGAUGUUAUAUAUACAAGUGUAUUACAUGUGCAUAAAUGAUAGAUACAAUGUUGGUUUUUCCACAA